GCCGAAUUUUUUUAAUUUUGGUUAGAGGAUAAUGUGCAAAGAGCUAGGUCUUCCACGACUGCUGAUCAGAACUUCCACAAGAUGACCUCAAAAGGCAAGCAAUGACAUUUCUUCACGAGCAUCCAUAUUGACUGGGCUCUCUCGCUCAAGAUCACAAGAAAUUGCAGCUACAAGCAAGCUUUGCAUCAAGACAAGGAUAUGAUUGGAAAAGAAAGACUCAGCGGUCAUAAGGUCAAGGUGUGUAUGUCCCAAUUUUCUCAUCCACCUCUAUUCUUCUAUACAUAAAGUUACGGGUGCUCGUUUAUCAGCUCUCUGACAAACUUGAGUUGUGUCUGUUUGGCUGUUUUGCUGUCCCUGAGCGCUUGUCUGGUUUGACUAAGUGGCGGCCAUGGUAAGAUCUCCUUGCUGCGACAAGGCUAACGUGAAGAGGGGGCCUUGGUCACCUGAAGAAGAUGCCACCCUCGUGAGCUACAUACACAAGUACGGGACCGGCGGCAAUUGGAUUGCUCUUCCUCACAAAGCCGGGCUUAAGCGCUGCGGCAAGAGUUGCAGGCUAAGGUGGCUGAAUUACCUGAGGCCAGACAUAAAGCAUGGAGGUUUCUCUGAGGAGGAGGAUGACACUAUAUGCACUCUUUUCUUUACCAUAGGAAGCAGGUGGUCAGUAAUUGCUUCCAAAUUGCCAGGAAGAACAGACAAUGAUGUGAAGAACUACUGGAACACCAAGCUGAAGAAGAAGCUAAUGAAGCAAAUUGUUUCUCAGAAAACAUUGCCUCAAAGUAACUUUAAUUAUCAGGGCUGGGCACGGAACUCGGCCUCAAUCAAUCGUGAGACCAAGAAUCUGGAAUAUGCAGAUAAUUCAAUGGGGUUCCCCAAGCAGAACUUCAAUCCAGGAACACCCACUUCGAAGUCGAGUCUUCUCUAUCCUCCAAGUCUCACUGAAGUUUCGGAUUUUAACCAUGUACCUUCGUCCACGCGAGAAGUUUCGAGUCAUUCUGAUUCGUGCUCUGUGGUGAUGAAGAGCGAGUAUUCGGGGUCUGCAAACGGCGGUUCCGAACAGGACCAAGUCCUAUUGGACUUUGAUCUUGAUAGUAUGCUCAAUGACUUUGGCUUCCAAGAUCAGAGCAGCUAAGCACAGUUCUUGUUUCACAAGCGUCACCUUCACUGGUCAAGUCAUCAACAUAAGAAAAAAAGAAAGAAAAUUAGGAACCUUAAGAUUUUUCAGGAGUUGAUGUGAAAUUUUAGUGUCUUAACUCUAUCGAAGUGUCUGAAGGGUGAUUUAGUCGAAGUUAAAUGCGAGAUUUCGCUGUUCUUUAUCAUGAUAUAUAUUUUGCCGUGGCCUACUUGUCAGAAUCUCCCAGGCAUAUCCUCAGUUUACGUCUUAGGAUGAAUCAAUGUACUUGAAUACAUAAUUUAAUGAGCAAAGUUUGAUCAUGUAUUUACAUCAGCUGACUCACUCAAAACUGGAAAAUCAAGUCUUGAGUUUGUUAGUGACGUAA